UCCAGGGCAGAAACAAUCUCUGCUUAGCGUUAUGGUAGGGAUACAACAAACAGAAUGGGCAGCGAUUAUGUUUUUGACCCACUGCGUUUACUUUGCACUUUUAUUUAAUUCCGAAUUGUGAAGUGUUUACAUUAUUUUUUUCUAAGCGGAAUUAAGUUUAAUUUACCAAUUAAAUGUGUAGGCCUAAACGAGGCCAAUGUAGGCUAGCCUAUCGGUGUUUUGAAAAGUCCACGCAGAUGUAGGCCUACCACGUGCAGGCGCGCAACUGCGUUUUUUGUUAUGCCUAGCCUAUUGUUGUUUUUGUAGUUUUUCAUAAGCUACAACAGUUGUUUAAAACAAUUAUCGACAAAUAGGCCUAAUUAAUAGGCUAAUAUUGGAUUGCCUAUUAAAAUGAGGUAAUAAUAAUGAUAAUAAUAAUAAUACAAUAAUAAUAACAAUAAGAAGAAGAUAAGAAGAAGAAGAAGAAGAAGAAGACAACAAGAAGAAGAAUAGUGUUUAACAUCAGACAGAAUUCUACACCCAGCGCUCAGAAACGGAGGACAGCAUUUCAAUCGGAUCGCGGAACAUAAACCGAGGGCAUUAAACAAUCCAGUUGCGGUGCCCGGUCUGCCAUGGCGACCCUCCCCUCCUCCGCCCUCGCCCUGCUCCUCUGGCUUCUCCCGCUGGCCAGCGCCUCCUUUCCAGAGGAACCGGGUCCCCUGAUCUCCACUCCAGCCGAAGUGGCCAGACGUUAUCCUCUGUUUCUGGGUCGAGCCCAUCGCUCAUAUGUGCGUCAGGAGCCACUGCAUAUCCAGAGUGUCCUCAAAGUGAACCGAACCCUGUACAUCGGCGGCAGAGAUGACCUUUAUAGAGUAGAACUGGACAACAUCGUUGGGGAUGAAAUGUUCUACAGCAAGAAGAGAACUUGGGAAUCCAACCGAAAUGACAUCCGCAUCUGCCGAAUGAAGGGCAAGCAAGAGGAGGAGUGUCGUAAUUAUAUGAAAGUGCUCCUGAGUCAGUAUGGAGGCCUCUUUGUGUGUGGGACCAAUGCCUUCAACCCACUAUGUGCCAACUACACGCGGGACACACUGGAGCUGGUGGGGGAGCCCAUUAGUGGGAUGGCGCGCUGCCCAUAUGACCCCAAACAUGCCAAUGUGGCCGUGUUCGCAGAAGGAAAUCUCUUCACUGGCACGGUGACAGACUUCCUGGCCAUCGAUGCGGUGAUCUACCGCAGCCUGGGGGACAGCCCAGCUCUGCGCACCGUCAAGCACGACUCCAAAUGGUUCAGAGAGCCCUAUUUUGUGAGUGCAGUGGAGUGGGGUCCUCAUAUCUACUUCUUCUUCAGGGAGAUGGCCAUGGAGUUUAAUUACCUGGAGAAGGUGAUGGUGUCACGGGUUGCCCGUGUGUGUAAAGGCGAUCUGGGCGGCUCCCAACGGGUGCUGGAGAAACAGUGGACGUCCUUCCUCAAGGCACGCCUGAAUUGCUCCAUCCCUGGCGACUCACACUUCUACUUCAACCUGCUCCAGGCUACGAGCCCCAUCCUCAACCUGAACGGACGAGAUGUCAUUCUUGGGGUCUUCUCCACUCCAGCCAACAGCAUCCCUGGCUCCGCCGUGUGUGCCUUUGACAUGCAGCAGCUGGCGCGGGUGUUUGAGGGGAGGUUCAAGGAGCAGAAGUCCCCAGAAUCCAUCUGGACACCUGUCCCCGAUGAGCUGGUACCCAAACCAAGGCCUGGUGGGUGUGCGGUGCAGGGCUCCAGGUUCAGUUCCUCCAACACCUUCCCUGAUGAGGUGCUGACCUUCAUUAAGACACACCCCCUCAUGGACGAGGCCAUCCCACUGCUGGGCCACAGGCCUUGGAUUGUGAAGACUAUGGUCAGGUACCAGCUGAACACCAUGGUUGUUGACACAGAGGCCGGGCCUCACAAGAACCGGACCGUGGUGUUCCUCGGCUCUACACGGGGAACCGUUCUCAAGUUCUUGAUUGUUCCUAACAAGGACAGCGCUGGUUCUAACGGCAACAUCUUCCUGGAGGAGCUUGAGGGCUAUAACCCAGAGAGGUGUGGUGGUGACUCUGUCCAGGCUCGGCAGCCGUUGUCUUUGAUCCUGGAUCGGCCCAGCCACACCCUGCUGCUGGCCUUCCAGUCCUGCCUGGUGCGGCUGCCUGUGGCCCGCUGCCACCUACACUCCCGCUGCAUGAAGAACUGCAUUGCCUCCAGGGACCCCUACUGUGGCUGGACCAGGGGGAGCAUUUGCUCUCUGCUCCGACCAGGAACACGGUUGCCCUUUGAACAAGACGUGGAGAGUGGUAACACAACACACCUUGGAGACUGUGAUGGCUUCCUGAGGGAGAGCUUCAUGGACGAGCCCGAGAGUCUGGUCACUCUGAACCUGCUGGUGGUGGCCGCGGUGUCGGCGUUCUCCACAGGCGCAGCGCUGUCAGGCCUGGCCGUGUGCUGGAUCAUGGGCCAGAAGCAUCGUCAACGCUCCCGCAGCCGCGCCGCCGGCUCGGGCACCGGCUCCCAGCGCAAGUCAGAGAAAGAGCCGCACGGCUUGAUCGGCCCCGCCGGAGCCGGCUCUGUCAUCAGCGUGUCGCGGCACAGCGUGGGCACGACUGGGGAGCGGCGUUCCCAGGGGGAGACGCUGUUCGUCAUGCCCAACGGCUGGGUGAAGGCCGGCGACCUGGACCCGGGGCUCCUGCCCACGCCGGAGCAGACGCCGCUGCAGCAGAAGAGGCCGCCGCCGGGCCUGCGCAUGUCCGAGUCCGGCUCCAGCUGGGACCAGAGCCAGAGCACCAUCUACCUGAACUCCGUGGGGACGCAGUGCCCUCCGCCCGGCACCGCCAUCUUCCUCAGCUCCAAGCUGCUGCACGGGGCGGGGGGCGGGAGCCGUCGCCUGGACGACCACAGCAUGGACAGCAUGGAUCGCCAGACCUCCCGCUACGUGUCCCUGUCCAAGUACCGCGAGCCCAGUCGGCCCGGAGCCCCCCUGCGCAAGUCGGCCCCGGACUACAGCUACCCCAUGACGCCGCAGGACUCGCCCGACCGCAGGAGAGUGGUGUCGGCGCCCAACACGCAGCAGGUGGAGUACGGCGAGCCCCUGCGAUGGACGCACGACGGCUACAUCAUCAGCAGCCACGGCAUGCCGCCGCCGCCGCCCUCCUCCGGCCACCACUACCCGGGCCCCCCGCACCCCUCGCACCCCCCGGGCCUCACCCGCUCCGUGCUGCACGGCUCCAGAGGACUGGCCGAGCUGGUGGACUACAGCCACCUCCUCAGCAAAGCAGGCAGCGAGCGCAGCACCAUGGGCCAGUGA